AUGUAUGAGGAACUCCUGAACUUUCUACUUGCAAGGAAAAAGAGGCUGCUGUCUGAAGAAGAAGCGGAUAAGCUCAUGCAGCUGAUUGCACAGUCGAUGGAGAUUGAGGAUGGGCAAAGGGAGAAGGAAGAUAACACGGCAUUGAUAAAGAAGAUCCUUGAUAAUGUUGAUGUGGAUAAGAUUAUUGAGGAGGACAGCGAGAGCAUGGAGGAUGCUAUAGACGACUUGUUUUUUAAUGAUUACAGCAAUGAAGAUUGUAGUGACGACAUCAUAGAUUUGUGUGAGUCUGAUUAUGCUGGAGAGUCAUUGUCUGAGAGGAAGUUCCAGAGAGGAGUGUUCAGGACCAAAGGGGGAUCUGAUGUAGCCUCUGAGGCUCCAAAGAGAAAGAUAGGAAUAAAGACCAGAAAGAGUGAUACAGAAGGGUUAAAUGAAGAAGAUGUGAUGAUUGAUAAACAUGGAGGGGCCCCCAAGGAUGAGGUUAAUGGGGGGAUGAAAGCCCUUGAAACAAGAUGCUUUAAGCUUCCUGGAUCUGAUACAAAUGGGAGCCAUCUGGGAUCUAACGAGGAGCGUAGAAAAGGAUCUGAUUUACUGGAGUCCUCUGAAUUCCAGUUUGACCUCGGGGAUCUGAAGAGAGUGGAUAACACCGGACCUGAUGUGAAGUUUUUUGACGAGGAUGGAAAAGAGCUUUGA